CUAGGCGCAGACGCACUGAGCCUAAGCAGCCGGUGAUGGCGGCAGCGGCGGCUGUGGCUGCGGCGGGUCCGGGCCCAUGAGGCGACGACGGAGGCGGGACGGCUUUUACCCAGCGCCUGACUUCCGAGACAGGGAAGCUGAGGACAUGGCAGGAGUGUUUGACAUAGACCUGGACCAGCCAGAGGACGCAGGCUCUGAGGAUGAGCUGGAGGAGGGGGGUCAGUUAAAUGAAAGCAUGGACCAUGGGGGAGUUGGACCAUAUGAACUUGGCAUGGAACAUUGUGAGAAAUUUGAAAUCUCAGAAACUAGUGUGAACAGAGGGCCAGAGAAAAUCAGACCAGAAUGUUUUGAGCUACUUCGGGUACUUGGUAAAGGGGGCUAUGGAAAGGUUUUUCAAGUACGAAAAGUAACAGGAGCAAAUACUGGGAAAAUAUUUGCCAUGAAGGUGCUUAAAAAGGCAAUGAUAGUAAGAAAUGCUAAAGAUACAGCUCAUACAAAAGCAGAACGGAAUAUUCUGGAGGAAGUAAAGCAUCCCUUCAUUGUGGAUUUAAUAUAUGCCUUUCAGACCGGUGGAAAACUCUACCUCAUCCUUGAGUAUCUCAGUGGAGGAGAACUAUUUAUGCAGUUAGAAAGAGAGGGAAUAUUUAUGGAAGACACAGCUUGCUUUUACUUGGCAGAAAUCUCCAUGGCUUUGGGACAUUUACAUCAAAAGGGGAUCAUCUACAGAGACCUGAAGCCAGAGAACAUCAUGCUCAAUCACCAAGGUCAUGUGAAACUAACAGAUUUUGGACUAUGCAAAGAAUCUAUUCAUGAUGGAACAGUCACACACACAUUUUGUGGAACAAUAGAAUACAUGGCCCCUGAAAUCUUGAUGAGAAGUGGCCACAAUCGUGCUGUGGAUUGGUGGAGUUUGGGAGCAUUAAUGUAUGACAUGCUGACUGGAGCACCUCCAUUCACUGGGGAGAAUAGAAAAAAAACAAUUGACAAAAUCCUCAAAUGUAAACUCAAUUUGCCUCCCUACCUCACACAAGAAGCCAGAGAUCUACUUAAAAAGCUGCUGAAAAGAAAUGCUGCUUCUCGACUUGGAGCUGGUCCUGGGGACGCUGGAGAAGUUCAAGCUCAUCCAUUCUUCCGACAUAUUAAUUGGGAAGAACUUCUGGCUCGGAAGGUGGAGCCUCCCUUUAAACCUCUGUUGCAAUCUGAAGAGGAUGUGAGUCAGUUUGAUUCAAAGUUUACACGUCAGACACCUGUUGACAGCCCAGAUGACUCAACUCUCAGUGAAAGUGCCAACCAGGUCUUUCUGGGUUUUACAUACGUGGCUCCAUCUGUACUUGAAAGUGUGAAAGAAAAGUUUUCCUUUGAACCAAAAAUUCGAUCACCGCGAAGAUUUAUUGGCAGCCCACGAACACCUGUCAGCCCCGUCAAAUUUUCUCCUGGGGAUUUCUGGGGAAGAGGUGCUUCAGCCAGCACGGCAAAUCCUCAGACGCCUGUGGAAUACCCAAUGGAAACAAGUGGAAUAGAGCAGAUGGAUGUGACAAUGAGUGGGGAAGCAUCAGCACCACUUCCAAUACGACAGCCGAACUCCGGGCCAUACAAAAAACAAGCUUUCCCCAUGAUCUCCAAACGGCCAGAGCACCUGCGAAUGAAUCUAUGACAGAGCAAUGCUUUAAUUAAUUUGAGGCAAAAAAAAAAAAAAAAAAAAAAAAAAAAAAAAAAAAGCAGGGGCAAGGGGAUGUGUGAGCAUCCUGCAAGAUGAAACAAGAAGAAUAAAAAUGACAGUCUCAAAGAGUCAGUGUCAUUACCUGGAACACUUUGGACAGAGGAAAAACAAACAUGGAUUUUUAAAAAUCAAUCAAUGGUGCAAAAAAAAAAAAAACAAAAGAAACUUGAGCAAAAUAGUAUUUCAGAACUCUUAGGCACAUCAAUUAAUUGGUUCCUAGCAACAUCUUCUCAACCUUAUCAAGGAUUUUCACGUUGAUGGCUGGAAACUGGCAGUAUUAAGGAUAGGAUGUUGCUUCUGAAUCACUUGUCAAAUUCUGAUUGUGUCGGAGAAGGGUUUUCCUUUCAUUAGGCAAAGUAUGAAAUUGCCUAUAAUACUUGCAACUAAGGACAAAAUUAGCAUGCAAGCUUGGUCAAACUUUUUCCAGCAACAUGGAAUCAAAGACAACUUAUCAAUUGAUGUUUUACGUGCAAACAACCUGAAUCUUUUUUUUAUAUAAAUAUAUAUUUUUCAAAUAGAUUUUUGAUUCAGCUCAUUAUGGAAAACAUCCCAAACUUUAAAAUGCAAAAUUAUUGGUGGUGUGAAGAAAGCCAGACAGCUUCUGUUUCUUCUCUUGAUGAAAUAAUAAAAUGCAAAUGAAUCAUUGUUAACCACAGCUGUGGCUCGUUUGAGGGCUUGGGGUGGACCUGGGGUUUAUUUUUAGUAACCCAGCUGCAAUACCUGUCUGUAAUACUAGGAAAACAACAGCAACAAUCUAUUUAAUCAUUUCUACUUGCAGUACUGCUAUGUGCUAAGCUUAACUGGAAGCCUUGGAAUGGGCAUAAGUUGUAUGUCCUACAUUUCAUCCUUGUACUGGGCCUGCAUUGCACUGGAAAAAAAUCACCACCUAUUCUUAUACCAGUAUUUGGUUCAAGACACCAAAUAUGUUCAGCCUGUGGCUGAGGAAGGAUGGAAGAGAGUCAGGAUAAAAUGCAUACUGAGGGCAGCAAAAUGGGGGAGAUAGGAAUAUCCAGGGGAAGAGGGUGUUGCCACGGUCCACUCUCGGUCUAAUCUCUUUAUGGCAAAUUGGUAAAAUUUAUGUUUUACUUUGUUUUACUGUUUUUGCUGUCUACCUUCUUUAACAUUUUUUUCCUUAACAGUUUUUAAAAGGAAAAAGGUCUUAAUUUUUUUCUCCUAUACUGGGGCUACCUUUUUUGAUUGUAAAAAUACUUGAUGGCCUUUUGAUGAAUGUCUUCCACAGUGAAUAAGAAAACUUAGUGGCUUAAUUUAGGGAACAUGUUAACAGGACACUGUUUUUGAAAUUGUAACAAAAUCUACAUAAGUGAUUUACAGGUACAAAGAAUAAAUAAAGGUGACUUUACCUUUCUUAAAUACUUCCUGCCUUAAAGAGAGCAUUUCCAUGACUUUAGCUGGUCAAAGGGUUUAAUAUCUGCAGAGCUUUAUAAAAAUAUAUUUCAGCACAUACUGGUAUAAGUAGAUGAUCAUGCAGUUGAGUCUUAUCACUUCUUUUUUUUUCAAUUUUUGUCUUUUAUAAUGUCUUCAUUCUGAGUGUCAAAGUCAAUUUGUAAUAGUUUGCAACCCUAGGAUGUUUUUUAAUAGAUGCUGCUUUGCUAUGUUCUCCAAACCUUUUUGAGCCAUAGGAUCCAAGCCAUAAAAUUCUUUAUGCAUGUUGAAUUCAGUCAGAAAAGAGAAAAACUUUGCUUAUUUAAAAAGCAAUUCAAGUGAGAUGUGAUGACAGUAAGCAAAAGAACCAUGAAAAAUGAUUGGAAAUAUACCUUUCAAUUGUGGCAAUAAUGAAAGAACUGAUAAAAGUUCAUCUUUGAACAGAAAACCAUUAAAAAAAAAAAAAAAAAAAAAAAAAAAAAAACAGAAAAA